AUGGGCGAUUUCGAAUCAGAACACGAAUUGAAGAAACCCUGGAUUGAAACGCCUCUGAUCGAGUCAGCGGCACUUUCAAAGGCUGCCGGAUGUAGAAUUUUCCUCAAAUUGGAGUCACUCCAACCUUCUGGCUCGUUCAAAUCACGAAGCCUGCAUUUUUUCAGCUCCUCAGCAGGCAAUGCGGGGCUCGCAGCAGUUAUAGCCGCUCGGGAUCUCGGUUGUCCCUGUACUGUUGUUGUGCCCCUUAGCGCGAAGCCUACAAUGAUCAAAAAAAUCCGCGCUGCUGGGGCUUCGGACGUUAUCCGCCAUGGUGCCAGUUGGUUCGAAGCAGACGCGUAUCUGCGGGAAAAUUUCAUCGAAAAUGAAGAGAGCAAGUCAGAUCCCUUGGUCACGAACAUUUAUGUCCCACCGUUCGAUCAUCAUGAUAUCUGGCGAGGUGCAGGGACUCUGGUUGAUGAGAUAAUUAAGCAGUUACCUCCAAGGCACUACGGCAAAACCGAUACCGAUCUUUUGUUCCCGGCAGAUGCAAUCGUUUGCAGCGUUGGUGGUGGCGGUCUUUUGAACGGGAUCAUAGACGGCCUUGAGAGGCAUUUGCCAGCUUACCAACCGACAACGCUUCCUAAGAACACGGCGGGAAAAGUUCAGAUUGUCGCUGUUGAAACAGCAGGGGCGGAUUCGCUGGCGCAUUCUCUACGCACGGGUUGCCUAUACCCUCUACCUGCAAUCACGUCGCAGGCCAUCACUUUGGGGGCACUCUGCGUGGCACAGCAGACGCUGAAAAACGUGCAAUCCCCUCCGCCUGGGGUCGAAGUCACUAGCAUUGUGGGUACCGACGCUGAUGCCGCAAUGGGAGUUGUGCGUUUGUGUGAUGAGCUGCGGUUGGAGGUCGAGCUGGCUUGCGGAAUAAGUGUCCAAGUUGGGUUAGAUAGGCUUAGGGAAGUCAUAACAAACCUAACACCUGAUAGUCGAGUUGUAAUCAUUGUUUGCGGAGGAAACGACGUUACUUCUGAAAUGAUUUCGGAUUACCGCCAGAAGCUUGACAAUGGUUGGCAAUGA